CCUUCUCCUGUGCAGUAUGUCGGUGCUAUAUCACUGUUCACAUCUCUCACUCCCACGUCCUCCUCUUUCUUCUUCUCAUCCAUCUUCCAACGCCUCUUUCUCUCCUCUCACCUCGCUGUACUUUUGCGAAGAAUGUGACGCGGUACGAUGUGAUCAGUGCGUCGCCGUAGAGGUCGCUUCGUAUUACUGCCCAGGGUGUCAUUUCGAUGUUCCUUCUGCCAACGUGAGAGGUGACAAGAACCGAUGCGCUCGCUCGUGUUUCUCCUGUCCGCAAUGCAGCACCAUGCUCAUUGUUCAAGGUACCGAAGCUCCUCUAGACCCUUCUUCUUCUACGGGACCGAUUGCCACUUCACCCUACUUCCUCAUUUGCCCGUGUUGUAAGUGGUCAAGUAAAGAAGUGGGAUGGGAAUUUGAGAAACCCUCCGGUCUGUCAUUGCAAGCGCAAAAAUUGAGUACACAAACAGAAAAUGUACAAAAUGAAUUCGACGCUCUCAAAGACCAUCUUGAAGGAUACAUCACCAGCACCGCUCCUGUCCCUGCCAAAACACCCGUUCGACAACCUAGUCGACACAUCAGUCACCUGACUCAAAUGGCCGCCAAGGCAUUACAUCGAGACAUUCCGGGACUCGCAGCUGCCACCGCUAAACGGCGAGUUCCAGGCGGUUCGGAACCCUCGACCGAUCGAGCGGGCUGGGAUGAUUUAGGGGAAUACACCUCAAAAGGGACUUGGGAAGAUGCCAACCUUCACCAUAUUCACGAACUGGAACGGUUAAGCAACUUCUCUGAAGCCGGUCCUGGGGGUCUCGCAAAUUUAGAGAGACGCUGGAGUCAUAGUUGGCAAAUGGGGACAGCUGCCGUGGACCAAUUACCUGAGAGAUUGGAACUCUUAACCAAACUCACUAAACGAUGUCCUGAACCUAAUUGCCGUCAUUUGCUGAUACAACCCGACACGAAGAGCACGCGUAUGAAGAUCAAAAUGGUCGCGAUGAAUUACUUGCCCAGGGUGGAAGUUGGUAGACGUAGACGAAGGCCAGUAGCGGGACAAGGUGUAGCGAGGACUGUGGAGGAGGUGGAAAGGAGGAGAAGGGAGAGAAGACGAAUAAAAGGGUUUGGGAGGGAAGAAGAGGAAGAAAUGGGUUUACCUUUGAGUCCUGGUGAAACGUACUUUUUUCAGAUGGCAUUCACAAACCCACUCUAUGAUCCUAUUCAGAUCAGAUUGACACAACCACAAAAAGUCUCAGAAUUGACACAUCAAGUUCACAUCCUUACUCCACAUUUCACCGUGUCCGCAUUAAAAGAUGCAUGGUCAUAUGAAGACGAGGAAGAGGAAGAGGAUCCUACCUUCGGUCUGGAAACUUCCACCAUGGAUGGCGGUAGUGAAGAAUCUCGGGAUCCCAGUCUGAGCAAACGAUCGAGGUUGAGCGUGCUCGGAAGCGGAAGUAUGAGGGACAAGCGAAAAGCGGAGAGUGGGGUGGAGAAGAGGGGCAAUGUCAGCAGAGUGCCGAUAGAGCUUGAGAUCAUGCCAGGAGCGAAGGGUCCUAUCGUCUCCGAUUUCGAGGUGAGGUUCACCUAUCGGGCUGAUGAGGCGGAAGAGACGAAGGAGAAUAAAGUCAAGGAGGAGUAUAAGACUUUUACAUAUUGGACUCGGGUCGAUUUUGGAAUGGCCGAGGAAAGUGAGAGGAUCUACGAGUCUCAAGAGGACGUGAUGAUGGAGGAGGAUUAG